AUGGCUGGCGACGCGUCGGAGCUUGAGUUCCUCUUCGUCCAGGACGUCCAGCUCACCAAGUGCAUGCGGCUGCGAGCGCAGAGCCUCCAGCAGAGGAACGAGCGGCCGCAGGAUGGCGAGAAGCUGCUGCGGCCCAACGAGUACAUCUACCGGGUGGAUUUCAUCCGGCAGCACAACCUUCACUUCCUGCACUGGAAGAUCCAGAUGGAGAAAGCGGGGAAGGUGAUGGUGACGGGCACCUCCCAGCACUGGACGCCCGACCUCACCAACCUCAUGAACAGGCAGCUGCUGGAGCCGGUGGGCAUCUUCUGGAAGAAGCCAGGGACCAAGGAAGUGGAGUGUAACGAGGCAGAUGCCCAGGAAUUCGGGGAGAGGCUGAUGGAGCUAGCCAAGAUCCGCAAGGUGAUGUACUUCCUCCUUUCCUUCACCGAUGGCCUUGACCCGGCCCACCUCAAGUGCUCUGUAGUGUUCAAAGCCUGAUCCAUCUCAUCCUGGGCAGAUCCCUCACCUCUUUCCCUCAACUGUGUCUCUCUUCAUGUUUCUUUCUCUUCACUUCGAUUCAGUGAUUGGUCAUUUCUUUUAAAGGAACAGCACGACAAAAAAAUUGUGCCCUGUAGAUUGGCAGCUGGCAGUCAUGGUUUGAGAAUAGCCAAGUGACUAUAAUGCUGCCCUGGCUGCCCCCACUGUCCCAGGAGACUUUCCUCAACAGGUUGUGUCUUGUGGCUGAAUGGAGGGAGAGGACGGUUGCUUUAGUAGCCUAGAACACAGU